UCCUGUCUGUCUGCAAGGCCCUAUGGCGCUAGAGGACAUUCUGGCACACUCCUGCACCAUCCAAUAUUGCUGCAGAGUGCUGAACUAGUGGCAGACAUCUUGGAAGCUGCAGCCGAAUAUUUGGUCAUUUUGGUUACUUAGGUUUUGUCGAAAUGCACUUCAUUGAAAGGGUUUGUCUUUCGUAUCUGAGGAACAGCAUUUUACCCAAGAGGUUCCAAAGUAAGAAACGACCAACGGCUCCCCUUGGUUCACGGAUUUUGUUAGAUCCAGAUAAAGUUUUUGAUCAUAAUAUGUGGGACCACAUGCAGUGGUCCCAGGAAGAAGAAGAAAGAGCCAAGGAAAAAGCCACCGCAAAUUCUCUUGUAAGAGUCCAGUCAGAGCUGCAAGACAAGUACGAGAGGGAAGCCAGUAAAUACUGGGAUCAGUUUUACAAGACCCAUAAGAACAAUUUUUUCAAAGAUCGCAAUUGGCUGUUCUUGGAAUUUCCAGAAAUUCUUCCAAAAAGAAAAUAUGACGAUUACAUAAAAAUGGAUACAUCAAUAGAAAAGAACUCUCACUUGACUUUGACCAGAAUACAUGAAGACAACUGCCUUUGUGAGAAUAAUUCUCUUGUAAAAGGUUCUUCUGUACAAGGAAGUAAUAUUAGUUCAUGCCACCACUACUCUGGAGAUGAUCACCACAGUGUCAAGUGCUUCGGAAAACAGUUCCCUGGUAGUAAUGCUAUUUACAGAAUAUUAGAGGUUGGCUGUGGUGUUGGAAACAGUGUUAUUCCUAUUUUGAAAGCUGUUUGCCAUAUUCCAGGAGUCUUUCUGUAUUGCUGUGAUUUUGCCUCAGGAGCAGUGGAACUGAUCAAGUCACACUCAUCCUUCGACUCCUCUCGCUGUUUUGCCUUUGUUCAUGACCUGUGCGAUAAUGCCUCCCCCUAUCCCUUCCCAGAUGAGAGCCUGGAUGUCAUUCUCCUCGUCUUUGUUCUCUCUUCUAUUCAUCCUGACAGGAUACAAGGAAUUGUAAACAGGCUGGCUAAAUUAUUGAAACCUGGAGGGAUGAUGCUAUUUCGAGACUAUGGAAGAUAUGAUGCUUCUCAGCUACGUUUUAAGAAAGGCUGCUGCCUGUCAGAGAAUUUCUAUGUAAGAGGCGAUGGCACCAGAGCUUACUUCUUCACAAAAGGGGUCCUUCACCCCUAACCCCAGCGAAUGUGGAGGGACCACUGUAC